AUGGGGCAAUCUCAAUCCACUAGAAGCAAUGACGCCGGCAACCCAACAGAGGGCAACAAGGCAGAUUAUUACGAGCUCCUGCGAGUGGAUUUAGAUGCCACCGGGGAGGAAAUAAAAAAGGCAUAUAAGAAGAGAGCCCUGGAGUUACACCCUGAUCGAAAUUAUGGCAACGUGGAAGAAGCUACGGAACUUUUUGCAGAAGUUCAGUCCGCUUACGAAGUUCUCUCGGAUCCCCAAGAGCGUGCCUGGUAUGAUUCGCACCGACAGGUUUUCCUGGGGGGCCAUGGACAACCCGAAGAUGCAGGCCAUUCCUACAAUACCCGUAUGACAACAUCAGACGACCUUUUCCAACUAUUCACAAAAUUCAACCCCCGGAUGGAUUUUAGUGACUCCCCCGAUGGAUUUUUUGGAGGACUGCGGGACACCUUCACUCGACUAGCCACAGAGGAACGAGCAGCCUGCAAAUGGGAGAACGUUGACAUGAUAGAGUAUCCGACAUUCGGGUUUCAGAAUGACAGCUUCGAAGAUGUGGUGCGGCCGUUCUAUUCUGUAUGGGCUUCUUUUUCCACCAAGAAGUCCUUCGCAUGGAAGGAUGUCUAUCGCUAUUCCGAAGCACCCGAUCGGCGUGUUCGUAGAUUGAUGGAGAAAGAAAACAAGCGUCUCCGUGAAGAUGGCAUUCGUGAGUUCAACGGAGCUGUUCGAGCGUUCGUGGCUUUUGUUAGGAAGCGCGACCCUCGGUACCAAUACAAUGCUCAGAGCGAAUCCCAACGGCAGGAGAGUCUCCGCCAGUCAACCGCCGCGCAGGCUGCCCGAUCAAGAGCAGCAAAUUCGGCAAAACUACGUGACCAUGUCCAACAAGACUGGUCUAGAUCAGAGUAUCCCGACGAGGACCAUCCUGACACGUCAGAGGAAGAGGUGGAACACUUUGAAUGUAUUGUGUGCAACAAGAAGUUUAAGAGCCAGAAACAAGUUGAGGCACAUGAACGUAGCAAGAAACACCUGAAGGCCGUCAAACAACUUCGUUGGGAAAUGAGAGCACAAAACGAAGAACUUGAUCUAGAAGGGGUACCUGAUGACAUCUCUCUGCAGUCAGACAAAGACAUUCCGAGUGUCACAGCAAUCAGAUCCCAAAGCGAAAUCAGGUCCAACCCCGACGGUCAAUCAUUAGACCCGGCGGUUAAUCCCAGUUCAAGGCACGGCCCUGGAAAAACUUUGAAGGAAGAUGAGCUCAGCGAUUAUCCCCCUCAAUCGUCAACGAGCCCAGAAAAUCAUCCAAGCUCUGGCGGCGAGGAUGACUACGUGCCGAGAGAGUUCAUUGAAACUAGGCUAGGUCAUUCGAGUACAUCUGACAUGGGUGAUUUCCAGGGUAACGAGAUGGGGACACUAUCCCAGGAUUUAUUGGAUUGCAAACUCGAAGAUGAGCCACGGCUAAAUGGGAAAAAACCUGGCAAGGCUAAGCAGCGGCGCGCUCAAAAAGCCCAGCGCUCGACUAAUCAAACUGGGGGUAUCAAGUGUGCUUCAUGCAAUUCCACGUUUCCAUCCAGAACUCAGUUGUUUUCCCAUCUUAAGGAGUCAAACCACGCUCAGCCACCUUCUACCGUCAAAAGACCUCGAAGGAGGAAACCAUAG